AUCUUUCUUCUUGCAACAGACAUCGGUCAUUCUUCUCUUUGCUCAUCUUGACUCGUCAGCACCCAUGCAGCGCCUUGAUGCAAUCACACGAGUCAGUUCAUAUGUUAUUCGCAUUCUCGGUCAGGCAUGUUUGGUUCUUUCUAUGCUAUCGUAACCUUAUUGUUCCCCGAUUCUCUUCCGUUCUCCUAUUCCUGUUUUCUCUGUCCUCUUUCCUUCCUUUAUUUCCUCCACAUAUGCAUGCCUCGCUCAUUUCCCAUGAUCCAGAAUCCCGGGAAAUUCACAUUACAGGGUACAAAUACCUAUCUCAUUGGGUCAUCCCGGCCCUUCGUUCUUUUCGAUGUCGGGGAAGGAGAGCAUGGAUACAUUCCACUCCUAGAGUCUGCAAUCCUAAUGAAUGAAGAAUCAGGCAGCCAGGCAGUGUCUUUGCAUGGCGCUCUUAAGAAGGCAACCAACCCCUUUGUGUCGGACAUCAUUAUUUCUCAUCGUCAUCAUGAUCAUCACGGAGGCUUGCCAUCUGUUCUCACCCUCUUGCACAGAUUAUGGACAGCCUCGACGGACGGAGGAGCAGAAUACACCCCCCCGCGGGUACAUAAGUUUCCUCUCCCGCCUCAACCAUCGCCAACUCUUCCUGGAGUAUCAUCAGCCGAGAGAGAGGGAUCGACUUUCGAAUCUACACUGGAGGCAGUGUCUCGCCUUUCCCCAGCCAUAUUUGAGCACAAUAGUUUAGCGGCCGAAGGGGUAUGGCCAAUUAUACAUUCAUUGCACGAUAAACAAACAUUCCAUCUUUCCUCUCAUUCUCCUAAAUCUACUCUCACCGUUGUCCACACCCCUGGACACACCGUUGAUUCUGUAUGUUUAUGUCUUUCCGGGGAGAGCACCGACGGACCCCCAGUAAUAUUCACGGCCGAUACGGUUCUUGGUGAGGGAACUGCAGUAUUCGAGGAGCUAGGCGUGUAUUUAGGCAGUCUCAAGAAUUUGUCUAUCCUGGCGUCCGGGCUGCUUCUCAGACCGGGCCUUGCCUCCAAUGAGGUUACGCUGUAUCCCGGCCAUGGGCCUAUUCUUACUAAUGGUCUCGAGACAUUUACCACGUACAUCGCCCAUCGCAACGAGCGCGAAGCACAGAUUCUUGCCCUCAUUCCUCAACGUUCUGACGAACAGAAGGGUAUUUCCAUCUCUGAAAUCGUCAAAUCGUUAUAUUCUUCAUACCCUCCAUCAAUCUGGCCAGCGGCCGAGAGAGGUGUUUGGUUACAUCUACAGAAGCUACGUGAUGAGGGGAAGGUAUCAUCUAUUGGCAGGGAGUUGGGCUAUGCAGAUGAGAAAGAGAUUGCGGGGAACUUUCAAGGAACCGGUUCAUGGGUGCGCUCUUGA